GCCUGAAAUAUUAUUGAAGGUUUCCAUGAAACGUUGUCAUUGCUGUGAUAUUUUGCCUUUAAAGUUAAUUUGGGGUAUGUGUCAUGCGAAACAAUGAGUCAUUUUGGUUUUGUAAAACGAUUUGAUGAUUCAAUGCUGUCUUUCAGCAUUUCAACUUGUGCACAUUCCACAUCUACACACACUGUGUGCACUUUUUAGGAGAUUUGGUCUGCUAAAGAAAUAAACUGUGUUGACAAUGCGGCUUGAGGAAAUCAUCUAACCUCACUGGAUUCCCAGAUGCAUCACUAGAAAUUGCCUCUCUGGCAAACACUCACCGGCUUCUGAAUCAAAUGUGCAUGCCUCGCAUGAGACAGCUUUCCCAGAUCACACAUCACUUAUUCUUCUAAGGACUUUUUUUUUUUUUUUUUUACUCCCUGCAAAACUGGCAUCACUUAAUCCUACCACUUCUGCAGGAUCAUGUAGCCGAGAAACUUGAGCCGCCAUGACGUCUCCAUGGCGACAAAGAUACACAACUAGUCAGAGCAGGUUGCACGAGAGAUGCUGUCACCACCACUGGCGUACUUGUACUAGUUCUAUCUGGCAUUUUAUAUUUGCAGAAGGAAAAAAAAUGCACAGGAAGAAAGUCGUCAAAGUGAGAAAGAUAAAAACCGGAAAAGGAAAGAAGAGCGAAAAACGGGAGUCCAAAACCGACAAAGACUUUGACCUAGAUAAUGCCAAAGCCAAAGUUACCUUGUGGGAGCUGAAACUCCGACUAACAGAGCAGACUCUCGCUGAAUAUCGCGAGAGCUGCGGCCGGCUGGCACGCGUCAACGAUGACCUUGGCAACAAGCUGGCACAUGCUGAGCGACAAAUCCUUGAAGCCACCGCUCACUGGCAGAGGUUGGAUGCUGCCAAAGAUGAGAAGAUGAAUGCACUUCAUGAUGCGCUCAAAAGUCAAGAGGCGCACGCUCUUGAGCAGCAGAACAAACUGGUUGAACAUUACAUGCUUGAAAUCAACGAGAUGAAGGAGUUGUUCAGAAAGCGAGCCGGCGAAUUUGAGACGAUACAGGAUGGAAUGAAGACCAUUGAGGAGUUCCAGACGAGAAAAGCCCAAAUGGAGCAGGAGCUCAGUGAUGUGCGGAACAUUUUUUUUUUCUCAUUCUCAUUUCCCGUGGCUUUGACUUACAUGAUAACUUCAUUACAGAUAAGAAAAAGCAUGGAGCUCGCUGAGAAGGAGCACAGGGAAAAUCGAAUCGAGAUGGAGUACCGGUUCUUCACAGAAAAGGCUCGAUUGGAGAAGGAUGCUGAGGAAACGAUAGCCCAGAUGGACAAGCAAGCCCACCAUGAAGCCAUUUUACAGCUGGACGACGCCUCGCGCUGUGUGUUCAAGGAAAACGUCCGUCUCAACGAGACACUGAAGCACCACAUGAAGGAGGCAGAGGAGCUACACAAACUGGCAAACUCGCUGGCGAAGGAAAACACGGCCCUGGCAGUGGACAAGAAGACACUGGACCUGCUGGCAAAGAAAAACGUAGCCCAGAUGGUGGCCCAAAAAGAAGAGCUGACUCGUUUGAAAGAAAAGAUAGAUUCUUUGGAGAAGACUCUGGAAGAGAAAAGGGAUGAGCAUGAGCGCCGUGAGGAGAAGAUGCUGCUCAGCUCGCAAGUCGACAAAGCGGAGUUGGAGAAGCUUCAAAGUGUGCUCUCCAUGCGGGAGAAAGAAUUAAAGCAUGUCAAGAAGCUAGCUGGCGCCAACAUGGAGCAGCGGUCUGAGCUGGAGCGCUUCUUCCAUGAGGCUCUGGCUCUGGUGAAGGAGGAGAUAGCGGCCACUCGGGUUCAGUAUAAAAAAGAGACACAGCAGGCUUAUCAAUGGACGCUCAAACAGGCCACGGCAGGAAAGGUCAAGUUCCCGCCCAUCCGCACCUUCCAGAACACUCCAUAUAGCACCAACUCAGUCUACUCCGACUUGGAAGAAGCUGCACGGUGGAUUCAUCAACCGGGAAGUAAAGUGGAAAUUUCAGAUCUCACUUGGGAACAAAAGGAGCAAGUUCUCCGUCUCCUGUUUGCGAAAAUGAAUAGACAAAGGCCAAGGAGAGCCAACAAUCUGGCGGCACCCUCGUCCGACAGUCAUGUCGCUGGAGAGGAGCACUGCGCCCUGUCAACCUUCAUUACUCAGGCCCCUGACUCCCUCCUUCCCACCAAUACCAACAGCCUGGCAGAGAAACGCACCACAUGAUCUUCGUGUGGCCUUGCUGUCCAUCAUUAAGUUUUGGAUCGGUCGCCGUAUACCGCAUUGUUAACACGUUAGGUUUGUUUCCCCUCUUACAGUAUUUUGAGCCCUUAAGUGUUGGGUUUGUUCGCCCUGUUAAUUUUUUAACAUAGCAAGAUAUUUUGGACUGUUUGCUUUGUGUUCUAUGCUUCCAAAUUUGUGUUUGGAGUUUGGGGGAAAGCCCGCCGGAAACAAAAUCCCUCAACCCGACUCAAGUUUAACAUGCAACUUUUGGAGUGAGUUAGAGAUUCUAACCGAGCUGACUUUCUGCUUCGUAACCCACAGAAAUAUUAAAUAGGUGAAUUUUUUUCAGGAAAAUAUUGUCAAUUGUUACAUUCUGAGUCAGCUACUCAUGAAUAAUGAAUUGGUGAGCAUCACUGCACAACAAUCUCAGUUCCUGUAAUGGGCAAGUGUCCCAAUACUAUUGACUGGAUUGGAGCGAUAUAGAGUGCCUGACUACUUGAAUAAAUCCGGUUUAUUAAGUACCAUUGAGUCGUCAUUUAUCGGAGAGGUUUCCGCGUCCAGUAGUCAGUACGGGUUAUUCUAGCGUCCCAUUGUUGGCAUGGUAACGGCAGGACUCUUGAGUGUAGCAUCCUCAGCUUUCCACUGGGAAGUGAUUGUUUUGAUCUGUGUGUAAAACUGAAUGCCCUGGAUACAAAUAAAACAUUGUUUGUCAACAA